UGUCAGCUGCAGUUCAGCUGAUCGGAAGCAGCAAGGCAGAGGGUAAGAGAGAUGGCUGAGGCCGUAGCCGACACAAGGAGGCUGCUGUCCAAGCCUCAGAAUUUGAGCGAUGCAUAUGGGCCGCCUAGUAACUUCUUGGAGAUCGACGUGGCAAAUCCUGAAACCGUAGGGGUCGGUCGAGGCCGUUUCACCACCUACGAAAUCCGUCUUAAGACAAACCUUCCAAUUUUUAAGCUGAAAGAAUCUCGUGUUCGAAGAAGAUAUAGUGAUUUUGAAUGGCUGCGGAAUGAAUUAGAAAGAGAAAGUAAGGUUGUGGUACCCCCUUUACCAGGCAAAGCAUUCAUCCGUCAGCUUCCAUUCCGAGGUGACGAUGGGAUAUUUGAUGACUCGUUUAUUGAAGAAAGGAGACAAGGGCUGGAGCAAUUUCUAAAUAAAGUUGCUGGACACCCAUUGGCACAAAAUGAACGUUGUCUUCAUAUGUUUUUACAAGAUGAAACCGUCGACAAAAACUAUACACCCUCCAAAAUCAGGCAGGCCUAAGUGUUGCAGGGCUGAUGCCAAAUUCUUAAUGUAAUCUAUUUUUAAUAUCCAAAGUCCACAGAUUGUGGCCGAUUUUUGUAGAAUGCUUCAGACAAUUAUUGAUAAGUGCAUCGACUGAGUCAAUACUUUAAAUACCACAUAUAUUUUUAUAUUCUAAGCUGCUUUGUGCCACUUUUUAACAACUUUAAACCGCCCAGCAGUUCUGUUUGUUGUCUUGUGUAAAUGCUGCCAACACUAAUUUUAUGUUUUUGUACUGCUGUUCUAACAUCAUCUAUAUCUAACUGACAGGUGGUUAAUAUUGUGCGCUAAUGUAUUAAAAAAAUUUGAAAACGUGUUCUCACAGUGUUAUCUUUAAGAACUUGGUUAUUAAGCCCAUACAUGUUUUUCUUUAAAGUGAAUUUGUCAAAUUUAUAUACUUACGUACCAUCCUGUUCACUAUUGUAAAAUAAAAAAAUAAAAAAAAACAA